AUGCGGUGGGAGGCCAUGUCCGGACAGCAGAAGAAGAAUUCGCUCGUGUUUCUCCCCGGAGUCGCUUUUGCGGCUCCCGUGGGCUUGAAGUCGCUCCGGCCCAUCUCGCGUACUCGCGACGUCGUGCUGGAAGGGACAAUCGAGACGACCAACUCGCAGAUCGCAAAGUUCGUCGAGCGGAUGAUAGAAGACUUGGAGGAGGACCCUUGGAUGCCGCCGCUCUUCACAAGGGGCCUGAGGCGAGGGUGGGGCGGCGUGUGGCCCGCAGUCGCGGACGCGAGCCGCCAGGCUGCCAAGCGCCUCUCCGACUGGCCCUCCGCCCCGGAGCUCGACGGGUGCGGAGGAGGGCUCUACACGUGGGCGCGCGCAAAGCUGCUCUACUCGCUCAGGCCCGCAGACAAGCCCUUCAUGUGGGUGGCGCAGCAGCCGCUUGCGCUCGCCUGGCUCGGCGCGUCCCUCUGCCCCUUCUACUUUGUCUCGCUGCCGCCGCUCGCCCUCCUCCUCCUCUUCAUCGACAAGAGCGACGAAUACCAGCUGAUCAGCUUCAUUGCCCUCGUCAAGGCAGAAUAG